CAUAAAUUAAAAGAGAAGAAAUAUAAUCUAAAAGAACUAUAUAGAAGUUAUACACUUAUACUUGACAUUUGAAAUCAUCAACAUUCAGGAUUUUUGGGAAUGGCCACAAAGCUUCUUCCUCAGCUGUGUAUAGCAACUUCUUCUCAUUCCCGAAACUCCACUAAUUCAUUCCUUUCCAAUUUCAAACAGGGGACUUUUCGAACUUCAAAUCGCAUCAAAGUAAAUGCCAAUUUCCAGUUCAAGCCUUUGAACUUCUUGCUCUCUGGUUCCUUGGCUCUCGCUAUCUCUCUCUCCGAGGUUGCAUUUGCCGAGGGAAAGAUAGGGGUAAACAAGCCGGAGUUGCUGCCUGAGGAGUUUACCACUGUUAUUGAUGUUGCAGGAUUUCUCUCUGAUGGCCAGGAGAAAAGACUUGCACAGGUGAUCACAGACAUAGAAAGAGAUACUGGAUUCAAGUUGAGAAUUUUGGCUCAAAAUUACCCCGAUACACCAGGAUUAGCAAUCAAGGACUUCUGGAAAGUGGAUGACAAGACUAUUGUCUUUGUUGCUGAUCCUACUUUUGGAAAUAUACUGAACUUCAAUGUUGGAGCUUCUGUGGAUAUAGAAAUACCACAGAGCUUUUGGAGCCGUUUGGCUGGGAAAUAUGGAAAUAUUUUUUACUGGAGAGAAAAGGGUGAAGAUGCAUCUAUAGAAUCUGCUGUUAUGGCGAUAUCAACUUGCUUGAGAGAACCGGUUGGUGCAAAUAAUUGCUCAGAAGUAAAGUAAUUCAUCAUUUUGCAUCCAUGUUAGUACAAGAGUAAAGGUCAUUGGAAAACUGAAUUAUUCCUAGGAUCUAUCAGUAGAGAAAGAAAUAAUGGCCACGGCGGCCACGAAAGCUGGAAUCUUGACGACCAAAGGGUUAGAAGAUAUGUUGAUGCUAGUAUUGAGAAACUGUAAGAACGUGGACACCAUGAAGAAGAUACAUUCCCAAAUGGUGAAAUUCUCGCUAACGCAUAGCAAUUUCUUGGUAACAAAAAUGAUAGACUUUUGUGAGAAAAAUGGGGAUAUUGACUAUGCUUGUUUGCUAUUCAAGCAAGUUCAAGAGCCAAACAUAUAUUUGUUCAAUUCUAUAAUCCGAGCCUACACACAGAAUAAGAUGUACAGAUCCUGCAUAUAUAUGUACAUGCAGCUGCUGUUGAGGAGACAAGCCGCCGAGAGUGAAGAGCCAGUUUCUCCAGAUACAUACACAUACCCAUUUGUUAUCAGGUCGUGCGGAGGUCUUACCUGCGCAGAUAUCGGUAAGCAAUUGCAUGGACAUGUGUUUAAAUUCGGGCUGGACUCCAAUCACGUGAUACAAAACUCGUUGCUAGACAUGUACGUCAAGUGUUGCGGUGAAGACAGCAUAAGAGAAUCACAGAACCUGUUCGAUGAAAUGACUGUUAAAGAUGUAAUUUCUUGGAACAGUCUCAUUUCCGGGUACAUAAAGUCCGGUAAGGUUAAAAGGGCAAAUGCGUUGUUCGAAGAGAUGCCGGAGAAGAGCAUUGUUUCUUGGACAGCCAUGAUUUCAGGUUACACUAAGAUGGGAUGUUACAGAGAAGCAUUAAAUGUUUUCAGAAGGAUGCAGACGGUUGGCGGGCUGGAACCAGACUGGGUCUGUUUAGUUGCAGUCUUGUCGGGGUGUGCACACCUGGGGGCGCUCGAGGUAGGAGAAUGGGUUCAUUUCUACGCAGCUAAAAAGGGAUUCUUACGGAAGACACGUGUGUGCAACGCGCUGAUGGAAAUGUACGCGAAGUGCGGUAACGUGGACGGAGCUCUGGAAGUGUUUGACCGGAUGCCAUCAUCCGACCGGGAUGUGAUCUCAUGGAGCACAAUGAUUGUGGGUCUGGCGAAUCAUGGAAGGGCCCACGAUGCCAUCACGCUGUUCAAACGGAUGGAUGUCUUGCCGAAUGAGAUCACAUUCGUUGGACUGUUAUCGGCCUGUGGGCACGCUGGGCUUGUGGACGACGGUUUGAGGUACUUUGACUCCAUGCGAGACGACUAUGCCAUUACCCCAGAAAUUGAACAUUACGGUUGUCUCGUUGAUCUUCUCGCAAGAACGGGGAACCAGAAACGUGCCCUGGAUAUCAUAAAUCGGAUGCCGAUGAAGGCGGACUCCGCAAUAUGGGGUUCAGUGUUGAGUUCCUGCAGAACUGUUCGGGAUGUUGAAACAGCGGUAGUCGCGGCGGAGCAUUUGGCAGAGCUCGAACCGGAUGAUAGCGGAAACUACGUGCUUCUGACAAACGUGUAUGCAGAUUUGGGAAAGUGGGACUAUGUGUCGAUGAUGAGGAGAUUCAUGAGGAGGAGGAGGAUGAAGAAGACGCCAGGGUGCAGUCUGAUUGAGUUGAACGGGUUGGUCCAUGAAUUCCUUUCAGGUGAUGAUUCAAUGCCAUUUUCGAAUGAUAUAUGUCAAGUUCUACGCCAGCUUUUGACUUUGCACACAGCUGAUGAUGAGGAUGAAGUUUAUGUUUUUCUUUAACACGGAGGAGUACUAUGUGCUUUGUUUAUUACUCGUAAUUCUAUCGCCAAGUUAACGGAGGUCCGUACUUAACCCAAUGGAGAAAGAGGCUGGCUGGACAAAGCAUGUGCAUGGCAUACCAAAGAUGAGUUUUUUUCUUGGUUUAGCCUUGGGAUAUUUGGUGAUUUCGAGCAAGUGCUGCAUGUUUGAUACAGUGUGGAUUUCUGGGUAGCUUGAGAACCAAAUUCUGCUACGAAGAGUUUUAACUUGUAAGAGUAGGUAGAUGCAAGUUUAUAAGUGAUCGUAGAGAUUCACGAGAAUAGUAGUACAUUGCCCAGACAUGGAAUUACUCGCAAGAGAAGAAGAAAACAUACUAUUGAAUGAAAAGUUCCUCUCUGAAAAGUUUACAUAACAUUGCACAAGUGUUUGCUUUUUCAAAAGCUUCGCGAAAGAGUAACUUUUUUGCGGAUCUCUCUAUGGAGGAAACUUGGUUUUAGGAAGAGUGAUUUUUUUGUCUGGUGUUAUGAACCAUAACUGCAAAUAUUGCAUUUUUGGAAUAUUUUACUUGUGUGUAUUCUGUGUAAUUUAUUGUGAUUAAGAAUAUUCCUUUAUUAUUAAGUUUCCUUAUACCGGUAGUCAACUACUUUCUUAUAUUCCCUUUGGAGUGGAGUGAUUGUACUAAGUUACUUGUUACAUUUUGAGGAACUUUGUCAUAAGAAAAUUAAUAUUUUCAAACAUUGAG